CACGAAACGCUGAUUGCUAAUCAUCUCGUGUGUUCUCCCUCUUCGCCUUCGUCGCGUGGACCUCAUCACCAUCUUUGAUGCCUUCAUUCUUCUGCAGCCUGUGGUUCUAAUCGUCGAAAUGGUUGCUCAUCUCCGGCACAUAUCUAAACAGCCCAGAGAGAUAGGGAGUUCUGAUGCCGGGUCCUCGGAAUCUGGGUACUCGAACUCCCAGUCUGCCAACACGAUGGAUUGCAUAGUCACGCCAUGUAUCAACCUGAGUUGUGGACGGGCAUCUUCUCAUGUGCGUAGUGGCGAAAACUCAUUGCCCAGUUCAAUCAAACGUGAGCAUCCUCGCAAAAAGAUCUCCUGGGAACCCUCUUCAUGGAGCCAGACUUCACCGAAAAGAAUGGACACUGGAGUGAGCGAUAGCCAGUGUUGCGUUCAACAGUUGACGUCGCAGGGUUCCGCAUUGACGACAAGUCGGCAUCGACAGAUGGAGAAUACCAGCAACAUCUCGUGUGAAGGCGAGACACAUGGAAUGAAGGAAACCAGCUUUCGUGCUACUACGCGAAGUGUACGUUGUGUAAUGAGCGUUCGGCAGGAAGAAUCCAUGGCUGCAGGUCUCAUCGUAUGCACUGUACCUAGGUGCGUUGAGCGCCGUACUUUCCGCCUUCGGCCUCCACACCUCCAUCAAUGUCGAUACAUCCAGCCAACCGGCGGGAACUGCUGUGAGAUACUGACGACUGUUCUCACAUAUACAGCAGACAUCCUUGAAGGUCUCUGACCAACAUAUGCUGUUCGAACCCUCCCCACCAAGUCCGGCUGAUUCCCCGCGCCGCUGCGCAGCUGCAC